GAUCGCCACUGCUGCAUGCAUGUGACAAGGAAAGAGUGCUGUGACAUUGCUCUGAGGUUAUAAAACCACACCAAGCCUGGAGAGCUGGCCUGCAGCAUGAUGGCUUCACUUUGACCACGACAGAUUUUUCCUAUCAGAUGAACAUGGACUCCCCAGUGAAAGCUCAGAAGACGAGGGUAGCAGUGGCACCACAAGCAGCCCCUGAUGGUGGCUACGCCUGGUUCAUCCUGCUCUGCGGCUUCCUGGUCUUUGGCCUUACCUUUGGGGUCAUUAAGUCCUUUGGUGUAUUCUAUGUUGAGAUACACCAAUACUUUGAAACUACAGCAACAGAAACAUCUUGGAUUACCUCUAUUGCUUUGGCUACCAUUCACUUUGCGGCUCCUUUAUCAUCUGCUCUGAGUGCUCACUACAGCCAUCGCUCUGUAGUGAUAAUGGGAGGACUGAUAUGCAGCAUAGGAGUCAUGUUUGGGGCUUUUGCUCGUAACCUAAUCGAACUCUAUUUAACAGUGGGGUUCCUAAACGGUUUGGGCUACACAAUGACAUGGACCCCGUCGAUGACCAUGCUGGGAUUGUACUUUGAGAAGAGGCGUCCGAUAGCAAACGCCUUGGCCAGUUCUGGAGAAUGCAUCCUUUCUUUUGUCCUCACACCUCUGUUCCAGCUGUUGAUUGACAGCUACUCAUGGAGGGGCGCUUUGCUAAUCCUGGGAGGUCUGCAGCUUAACCUCAGUGUGUGUGGGAUGCUGUUGAGGUCCCUAAAAAUCACCAGAGACAUAACUUGUGAGGUCAGAGCACAGGAAGAAGGCUUGUCCCUGGAACUGCUACCAAAAGACAGCGUGGAGCAGAGCAAACCAAGCUGCCUAGAGGAGCCAGGAGUAUCUGAGGGGUUAGAAAAGGAGACAAUUAGGGCAUCUCUUGAGGACCUGAAAAAGAUACCUGAUUUAACCAUGAAAGUACAAGACUCAAACAGCAAAACUAGGAUGGCUAAACUAAGCACCAAAAUCCUUCGCUACGUAGAUUAUACACUCAUCACUAAUGCUCGAUUCAUGGUCUACUCAAUGUUUGGGGUGUUUGCUGCACUGGGUUUCUUUGCCCCAGCUCUGUUUCUGGUUCCAUAUGCUCGUAGUAGGGGGAUUGAGGAGUACCAGGCGGCUGCCCUCGUGUCCAUCUCUGCAGUACUGGACCUGUUUGGAAGAGUGUUCUUUGGCUGGGUGGCAAACUUGAGACUGGUUGAAACGGUGAAGCAGCUGACAGCUAGUGUGAUUCUGCUGGGUACUGUGUUACUGCUCUGCCCGCUGGCCUCCUCGUUCCUAGAGCUGGCUGCUUUCAGCACAGCGUACGGCCUGGUGUAUGGUGCUACGGUCGCCAUCCACAUCACCGUGCUGGCUGAGGUUGUGGGUGUCAGCAGGCUCGGAAGUGCACUGGGCUUCUUUAUGCUCAUACGCAGCAGCGGAGGCCUGUUUGGACCGCCCAUCGCUGGAUUCUUCAUAGACAAGAUGGGUGAUUAUGGAACGGGGUUCAUCAUGGCAGGGGUGGCUCUCAUCAUCUCUGCUCUGUUCCUGCUCAUCCUCCAUCAGAUGAACAGCAGGGGUCAGGGGUCGACCACCAAGAACCCCGAUGUGCACAUGGACAAAACGGGACCAUCUGUCAGAGCUGACGCCAAAGUGCUGGACAUGACAUGAUUGAAGGGGAAAUUGUUUCUGUUGCUGAUAGAUGAUGAGUUUGAAAAGAGAUAUGGAUCUCAGGAACACAGUCAGAAGCAGAAUCAAGUGAAGCCAUACCUCACGUGUUUUCACAAACCUAAGGGACUGAACGAAAAUUAGAGGAAGGGGUGGUCAGAGCGGGCAAGGGUUGUUUUUGUUUUUUUUCCCUAGAUUUCAUUUUAAACAUUUUGAUCAGGUUUGCAGGUGUGUUUUCAGUCCAUGGGUGGUGAGAUAACAUUUUAUUAUCAGCCAAGUUACUUAAAGCAUCAUAUGUUUCACUUUGAAUGUGAAACCAACUUCCCUUAUUUGUAAAACAAGAGUUACUGGUGGUGAGGUAGUAGUUGGUAGCUCUUGUUUCAAACAUAGAAUGUCUGCAGUAGUUGCUAAAUUUGACGACUGUUCAUUUCAUGGUGUGGGCUGGUUGCACACACUGAAAACGAUGUAGAUGUUUAAGUCAUGGACGUGUGGCACGGUGGUGCAGUGGUCAGCAUUGUCACCUCACAGCAAGAGGGUUUGAACCCAGGGUGAA